CAAAGACUGAAGCUGCUCCCUUUGCCACAUUAUAACUAGUAGGGGAUCCUCACCGACCAUGGCCACAGCUGCCUCGAAUCCCUACAGCAUUCUCACUUCCAGCUCUCUAGUCCAUGCGGACUCUGCGGGCAUGCAGCAGGGGAGUCCUUUCCGAAACCCUCAGAAACUUCUCCAAAGUGAUUACUUGCAGGGAGUUCCUAGCAAUGGGCAUCCCCUCGGGCAUCAUUGGGUAACCAGUCUGAGCGAUGGAGGGCCAUGGUCCUCCACACUGGCCACCAGCCCCCUGGAACAGCAAGACGUGAAGCCUGCGCGUGAAGACCUACAGUUGGGCGCGAUCAUCCAUCAUCGCUCGCCGCAUGUCUCCCACCACUCUCCGCACACUAACCAUCCGAAUGCCUGGGGAGCGAGCCCAGCUCCGAAUCCGUCCAUCACGUCGAGCAGCCAACCCCUUAAUGUGUACUCGCAGCCUGGCUUCACGGUGAGCGGCAUGUUGGAGCACGGGGGGCUCACUCCACCGCCGGCCUCUGCCUCAGCGCAGAGCUUACAUCCAGUGCUCCGGGAAGCCCCAGACCACGGCGACCUAGGUUCGCAUCACUGCUUGGACCAUUCGGACGAGGAGACACCAACCUCGGAUGAGUUGGAACAGUUUGCCAAACAGUUCAAACAAAGAAGAAUCAAGUUGGGCUUCACGCAGGCUGACGUGGGGCUGGCGCUGGGCACAUUGUAUGGCAACGUGUUUUCGCAGACCACCAUCUGCAGAUUCGAGGCCUUACAACUGAGCUUCAAGAACAUGUGCAAGCUGAAGCCGCUGCUGAACAAGUGGCUGGAAGAGGCUGAUUCAUCCACAGGGAGCCCGACCAGCAUUGACAAGAUCGCGGCACAGGGUCGCAAACGGAAGAAGCGAACCUCUAUCGAGGUGAGUGUCAAGGGCGUACUGGAGACGCAUUUCCUCAAGUGUCCGAAGCCUGCGGCGCAGGAGAUUUCCUCGCUGGCAGACAGCCUCCAGUUGGAGAAAGAAGUGGUGCGUGUCUGGUUCUGUAAUCGAAGACAGAAAGAGAAAAGAAUGACUCCACCAGGGGAUCAGCAGCCACAUGAGGUUUAUUCGCACACGCACACGGUGAAAACAGACACAUCCUGCCAUGAUCUCUGACUGCAGGAAGCCAGGAAGCGGCCGGCCGCACUGGGAGCAGCGCGGAUUUCUCUUUCUCUUCCACUCUCUUCCUUUAAUUCCAGCUUUAUUAUUGCGAUUUCUCUCACUCUCUCUCUCUUGUUUGUUCUUUCUUUUCUCCUUCCUUCCAUUUUUUUUUCUUUUCCCAACCGAAGAGUCUAACUUACGCUAAGAAAAGAAACACAUGUAGGCAUUCAGGCUUAACGCGGAUACACAGUUGCAUCAAGCAUCCAGGCAGGGACCUCAUCUCCCCUGCGUCAAGAAAAACACUUCCCUCCAACCUUUUCUGCUGAUCAAAUACGCUGUUUACUUUAAGUAAGGUUUUUUGUUUGUUUGUUUGUUUUGAAUUUUGGUCGCUCCUCUCUAGGAAGAGAAAGGAGUCGAGUAACUUGGGGGCGGGGUA